CUCUCUCUCUCCCGCCUCUCUCUCUCCCUCUCUAACCUCGUCUCUCUUUGAAUUCGAGUUCAAGCAUCAAUGGAAACUCUACUAGCUGAAUCUGUGCAAAACAGCCUUGGCCAAUUUAUGUACCACAACGCCAUUUUCAUGUGUGAACGACUCUGUGCCGAGUUCCCCACUGAGACAAAUAUGCAGCUUUUAGCUGGCUGCUACCUGCACAACCAACAGGCUUAUGCUGCAUAUCAUCUUCUCAAGGGGACAAGUAUGGCUCAAUCCCGCUACUUGUUUGCACUAUCAUGCUUUCAGAUGGAUCUUCUCACUGAAGCUGAGACAGCACUUUGCCCUCCUAAUGAGCCAACUGCAGAGGUUCCAAAUGGUGCAGCUGGGCAUUACCUUCUUGGUCUUAUUUACAGGUAUACAGAUAGAAGAAAUAGUUCCAUCCAGCAUUUCAAUCAGGCAUUGUUAUUGGAUCCAUUGCUAUGGGCUGCAUAUGAGGAGUUGUGUAUACUAGGUGCUGCAGAAGAAGCAGCUGCAGUUUUUGGGGAAGCAUCUUUGCUUUGCAUUCAGAAACAACACAUAGACCAAGGGAACCAAUCUCAAAAUUUACAAGCAUCCACUGAUGAUCAGAAUGUAGCUUCUACGAAUAUUGUCUCAGGUGACAUCAGCCCUAGGCAAUCAAAACAUACACACAGCAAUAAUCUUCGAGAAAUGUCUGGAAAUUAUAAUGGAGCAGCUGCUAUCCAGAAUUUAGGUGGGGUUUCUACUAACAUGUCAUUCUACAACACUCCCUCACCAAUGGCAUCACAGUUGUCAGGAGUGGUUCCACCUCCAGUUUGUAGAAAUUUUCAGCAAAAUGGAACUAAUGCAUCUGUGGCUGGUGCUGAUAAUUCUCCACGAGCAACUGUCAAUUCAACCAUUCAGGCCCCUCGGAGAAAGUUUGUUGAUGAGGGGAAGUUAAGAAAGAUAUCUGGGAGGUUAUUUUCUGAUUCUGGCCCUCGACGAAAUUCAAGGCUUGCUGGAGAAUCUACUGGAAACACAAAUUCAAAUGUAUCUGCUGCUUCUGGAAAUGGAACAAUUCAUUCUUCCAAAUAUUAUGGUAGUUCGAAGCUGAGCUCAAUGACUUUACGUUCCAUGACAAGUCGAAAGGCACAAUCUUGGGCUACCGAAAACUAUGGUGAAGGGACUCGCAAUGACAUUUCUAAUGAUUCUCGGCUAAAUAUGACUAUGUCACACCCUUCUGGAGAUGCUAGACCUCUUGAACAAGAAGGGCCCGGAACUUCUGCUUCUGGGGUUAAUGUAAGCAGCACAUCUAUCCUCUCAGGUGCUUCAGAGAUAUUGGCCCUUUUCAGGAUUCUUGGGGAAGGCUAUAGACUUUCUUGUUUAUAUAGAUGUCAGGAUGCACUGGAUGUUUAUAACAAACUCCCACACAAACAUUAUCACACUGGAUGGGUUCUUUCUCAGAUUGGAAGAGCAUACUUCGAAAUGGUUGAUUACCUAGAAGCAGAUCAUGCAUUUGGCCUUGCUCGUCUGGCCUCACCUUAUAGUUUAGAAGGAAUGGACGUGUACUCGACAGUGUUGUUUCAUCUCAAGGAGGACAUGAAGUUGAGCUAUCUGGCGCAGGUGCUGGUAUCAACUGAUAGAUUAGCUCCUCAAUCUUGUCCUUCGCCAUACUCUAAUCUGCAUCUUAUGGAUGGUCAGAAAAAUGAAGAGGCAUUGGAAGUGAUGGAGCUGGCUAUUGUAGCAGACAAGAAAAACCCUCUUCCAAUGUAUCAGAAGGCUAACAUCCUUGUGAGCACGGAAAGUUUUGAUGCCGCUUUAGAAGUCUUAGAGGAACUUAAAGAGCAUGCUCCUCGUGAGAGCAGUGUCUAUGCUUUGAUGGGUCGGAUAUACAAGAGGCGUAAUAUGUACGACAAAGCCAUGCUUCAUUUUGGAGUGGCAUUAGAUUUAAAACCAUCUGCAACUGAUGUUGCUACCAUUAAGGCUGCCAUUGAAAAGCUGCAUGUACCAGAUGAGAUGGAAGAUGAAUUAUAACAUAUCUGAAUGAAUUGGAAACAUGAGAAGAUCAGGCUGUAAAUUAUCCAGCUCAAAAUAUACAACUACUUGAAGUUCUUGUAUCCUUUUCCUUUCGAGAAAGCUCCAUGUACAAACAAGUCACUGAGAAAACAUGUUCUUUUCAUGAAAAUCUUUUGCAGCUCCGAAAGGAUUUCAUGGUUUGUUCGUCUCACACUUGAGAGGACAUUGUGUACCAAAAGAGGCUUAUGCUGAACGUACACUUUUCAUUGAUCUUCUCCAAGUUGAUUUGUGAUUGGCGGUGUAUACUGUACGCAAUAAUCCAUAGUGAUAGCAAGUUUCUACUAAAUUGGUGCUAGUUCCUGGUUGUGCAAUUAAUUUAUUAUAUCCUUGUAAAGUUUGGGUAAUAUAAUUUUCAUCAGGGUUUUCUGCAUUCUUGGAUCUGGGAUUUUGGUUUAGGAAAGUUUGUAUUUUGUGAAUAUUUUCUAUAUAGGCUCUGGUUAUAUGGUUA